UGAGUCAGAGAGGGACUUGCCUUUCGUGUCACUCACUCACGCACUCACUCACUCACUGGGCUGGAGUUUGCGACAGAACACAGACUAAAGAAACGCUCACCUGUCUAUCAAUGGACAUGACGUGAGCACAGCGACAGGGGUCGGAUGCUGGGGAUUAUUGGAUUAUCAGCGCGUUGACGGAGCGAGCGACUGCGCGCAGAGCGCACGGAGACGUCGCACAUGCCGCACUGUUCCGCUCCUCUCUCUGCGCCACUGAGAUGGUGCGGACGCUGCUCCGGUUCAGCUGAAGGGAGGACGGAUCUGGAAGCAUCCUGUCCUGUUGUUGCUCGGUGAAGAUCCGCUCGGAGUCAUGGUGGCGAGGACUCAGGUUGUGUGGCACCUGUGGCUGAUGGUGGUCACUGUGGUCAGCGGGUUUCCCACCGACCUCCAGAGGAGUCCAGCCACAGACAUCAGCUCAGCGUCUCCCACUGAGGUGAUAGCACAGCACAGCCAUGGCGACAACAAUCCAACUCUCCAGCAGCUGCAGCAGGAGAACCUGCUUCAGACUCUACCAUCCAGUCCAUCCACCCUCAGGUCCAGGCACCGCUGGUCCCAGCACCUCCCCCUUCCUGAGCCUAAGGAAGAACCUGAGCCCUUCAUCCUGGACCUGAGGAAGUUCCCAGAACUGGCCAAUGCAGACAUGGGUUCACAGAACCCUAACAUCCAGGUCACCAUCGAGGUGGUGGACGAUGGUCAGAGUGAAACGGAGGUGGAGAUGGACCUGGCUAAGGAGGGUCAACGUAAUGACUGGUCAGUGUCAUCGUCAGAGUGGGCCAACAGCCACAAGAAACUGUUCUGGCCACUGUUCUGGGAGUACCCGGAGCAGUCGGAGAACGGGCUUGGCAGAGCCAGUGUGGAGGAGCAGUCAGAGGAUUUCAACUAUGACCCAGAGGAACUCAUGCUCAGUGGAGUGGGGGGUGAUGGUGGGGGGCACUGGAACAAAGACUGGCAUGCCAAGGAUAACUAUGAGUACGAGGAGGACUGGAGCCACUGGGCUCCCUGCAGUGUUACCUGUGGACACGGCACCCAGAAACGCACCCGCUCCUGUGGCUAUGCGUGCACGGCCACUGAGUCACGCACUUGUGACCUGGAGAACUGCGCUGACACAGUGGUAUCAGUGACUGUGCUGACACCCAUCCAGAACAACAGCAGCACUGAUUCCCUGGACACGAAUGUAGACAGCUGUGAGAAGUGGUUAAGCUGCAAGAACGACUUCCUCCAGAAGUACCUGAACCAGGUGCUCACAGAGCUGCCCAGCUGCCCCUGCUCCUACCCCACUGAGGUUGUUUACAGCGCCGUAAACAUCCCAGACCCCAAACUUCACAAGACCUAUCGCUGGAGGGACGCAAGUGGACCCAAGGAACGCCUGGACAUCUACAAACCGUCCGCCAGAUUCUGCGUUCGCUCAAUGCUGUCGUACGACAGCACAACGCUGGCAGCGCAGCACUGCUGCUAUGACGAUCAGCUGAGACUGAUAACACGAGGAAAAGGAGCAGGAGCACCAAAUUUAAUCAGUACCGAGUUUUCGCCAGAGUUGCAUUACAAGGUGGACAUACUGCCUUGGAUCCUGUGCAAAGGAGACUGGAGUCGAUUUCACUCGGUGAGGCCGCCCGAUAAUGGGCGAGAGUGUCCAGAUAACCCCCCAGAACCAGUGUUUCAGAUGGAACUCAAAGACGCCAGGGAGUACUGACACUGUGGUCACAACCAGAAAAACUGGAGUUUGUAAUUGUCCCGAUCCUGGAUGAGCACAAAAACUUUAUUGCUAAUGCAAAACAUAUGUGAUCUCCGGGUACUGACAAACAAAGUGUUCAAGCUUGAGUCAGUCAUUUGUUACUGAAACACUUUAGCAACAAGUUAUUUGAUAAAAUUCUCCGCAUGACUGGAUACUAGACACCAGGAAUUAAAGUUGUCUCGAGAUUAAGGGAAAAAUCUGGUGGCGUAGUGGGCUUGUUGUAGUAUGGAAUAAUAGCCAAUAGCAAGUAUGCUGAAACCAAUGCGACUGAUAUAGCCCACUGCUGUCUUUUGUCAAAGCUCCCACUUUAAAACACAAAAACCAGGAUUCCUUUACAAGUAAAAGCCGAGUGGAGGAGAGAUUGUUGUGAUGAUUCAGUGAUAUCUGCACUGCACGAGUACAGUCAUCGCUUGGGAUCAAAUUAUUGGCUGCAUUUAUUAAAGUAUUGUGAGAGCUACUUGAGUUUGUUCUCUGUUUUCAUAGACAUCGUUUUUUAUUGAUUAUUUUAUGAUUUCUACAAGUAAGAUAAAUUAUUUGAGAAACAAGUUAUGGACAAUAGCUUUAAAAUAUGUACAUGCGAUUUUAUUAUCAGCUAAUCUCCAUCCAUGUAUGUUGCUGCUACUCUGUUGUUGGGAUGUGCUGAGCUGAGUAUGUGAUGUAUGUGUGUGUGUGUGUGUAAAUGGAUGAUGAGCUUAUUUAUUGGCCCUUUAACUAUUUUAAUCAGACCCAGUGUCCUGUAAAGAAAUUCCUGUCAAGCUGAUAAACAGGAAAAUAAAGUCAAAUGUCAUUUGGUCUGUC